AUGCGCGAUAAACAUACACGUACAUACGCACUCACACCUAUCUCUUUAUAUUUGCUUUGUUCAUUUCUUUUUAAUUGUUCAUAUCUAUCUAUCUAUCUUUCUCAGUCUGUUUCUAUCUAUCUAUCAAUCUAUCUAUCUCAGUCUGUUUCUAUCUAUCUAUCUAUCUAUCUAUUUGUUUGUCUGUCUCUCUUUCUUCGUUACCUUAACUUUUGUUUAUAUCUAUCUAUCUAUCUAUCUAUCUAUCUAUCUAUCUAUCUCAGUUUGUUUAUCUAUCUCAGUCUGUUUAUCUAUCUAUCUAUCUAUCUCAGUUUGUUCAUAUCUGAUUCUGUUCGUAUCUAUUUAUCUAUCUCAUUCUGCUCGUAUAUCUAUCUAUCUAUCUAUCUAUCUAUCUAUCUAGUCCUUUCACUUUAUCUAUCUAUCUAUCUAUCUAUCUAUCUAUCUAUCUAUCUAUCUAUCUCAAAAUUAUCUAAUCUUUCUAUCUAUCUAUCUAUCUAUCUAUCUAUCUAUCUAUCUAUAAUCUAA